AUGUCAGCUCUGCAGACCUUCAUGUUGGUCGUAGACCAUGACAAGGAAGAAGCAAAGCGAAUUGCUGAGGGAACCGCGCAAGAUAUCGAGAACAAGAAGACAAAACUGAUUGACACUGUCCAGUCGCUUGGCGAAUAUAUAAACGACGAAGACCCGAUUUUGCGCGGAAAAGCGAUCUCCUACCUUACUGCAGUCAUCCAAGCCCUCUCGCCGAAGUAUCUCUCGAGACAACAGAUCCAGGUCUUGACUACAUUCUUCUGUGAUCGCAUUGAAGAUGGAGGUGCUGUUUCUGGACUGGAGGCUCUGCAGGGUCUGGACCGGUUCAAUCGGUUAUUGGCCAGUCAGGUAGCACAAGCUCUCUUUUCAAACUUCCAGGAUCUCCAGUCUCGUUCGCAAUCGCAACGAUUCCAGGUCUAUCAAUUGCUCAAUGAAUUGAUGUCAACACACCGGGAAGCAAUGCGCAAAAUGGGCGAAAUCUCACUUAUCGGAGUUGUUGAUAUCAUGACAGGAGAGAAAGACCCACGGAACUUGAUGAUCGUAUUCUCUAUCUUAAAGGUUGUCAUGGUGGAAUGGGAUAUUUCCAACCACGUUGAGACCUUGUUCGACUCAGUAUAUAACUACUUCCCGAUCACAUUCCGACCCCCGCCCAACGAUCCAUAUGGAAUCACAGCACAAGACCUCAAGGGCCGUCUUCAAGACUGCAUCUCUUCCACUAGACAUUUUGCCCCUCACGCCAUUCCCGCAUUAUUGGACAAGCUUGAUUCCACCUCUCCAAACAAAGAUGCACUUAACACUUUGAUUGCAUGCAUUCAUUCUUAUGACCCUGACACAGUUUCAAAGUACUCCAUCACCAUUUGGGAGACUCUGAAGUUCGAGAUUCUCAACGCUCAAGAAGAAUUCUUAUCCGAGACUUCCCUUGAGGCUUUGAAAGCUAUCACGCAACGGCUUUCCGAAGGAGUCACAGAGGUAUCUCAGGAACUUCCCCUUGCGCAGUAUCUCAAGACAAUCACCAAGGAAUGCAAUGAGCAACUCCAGGAACCUCAAAAUAAGCAGGCCAAGCCAUUCCAGCAGAUCCUUAGCUGCGUUUCCUCAGCUUCUGCCGUGUCCUUCAUUCUUAUUGUUCAAACUGUCAUUGCACCUAUUUUCACAAUCUACCAAGAAGCAGAUGGAAUUGUUAAACAAAGGGCGCUUCUCGAAACGCUCAACGUCUUGUUCGACGCUGCAACGGAUGUGUUUGGACAAUGGACUACCCGUGGCGGGGAAAUUGCCGUCGAAAAUCCCCUGCUCGAAUUCAAGGACCAAUUCUCGGAGAUCUUCGGCCAGGCACUGAUGGGCGCAGCCAAGGAAGAGGUUUCUUUCCGGGUAACUGCUCUGAAGGGCUUCUUGCGUCUGUCGACAUUGCGCGAUUUCUUCCAGGAGAAUGAGAUCGGGCUUUUCGUCCAAUACUUGGACGAAAUUCUUUUGAAAGAGGAAUCUGUUGGCCGCGAUGAUUUGAAGAAGGAAGCAAUCGCUGCUCUUGCAGAGAUUUCUAAGCACAAGCCCCGGUUGAUUAUGGACAUCACAUUCCCUGCAUUUGUGGCGACUCUGCCAGAAGAAGAUGCAGGCUCAGAUACUUUGUAUUUGCCAACACUCGAAACACUUGCCCAGAUCAGCGUUGAACGAGACAUCUUCGAGACCUUGUUCCGUCGCCUUUUCAGCAAGCUUUCUGUCUUGCUACAGAAGGAGCAACCUGGAUCAGUGGCCUACCCUCGGGCCAUCCUGAUGACCCUACUCUAUGUGAUGCAACAGAGAAACAUGCAACAAGACCAGAGUGUUGAUCUUUACUUUGAUAAAAUUGUGGUUGGACUUUGCCGCGACGUGGCUAUCUCGUCAGUCGGCAAGGCUAAGAAUCGAAUCUUGAACGACCCUACUGUCCUUGAUACCUUGGGACGACUUUGCAACCUCCUUGUGCGGUCUGUUUCUAUCGAGAAGCAGGAACAAGUGGCCGAGAAUGUGUAUACUCUUUUCACCACCCCUGAAGACUUUUUGCCUGUGCCGUUUGCUCAAACUACUAGCGCAGACCAAGAGCGUACUUUGAUUGUCUCGACUUAUCUUCUCGCGGGAUUAUCAAAGGACUGCAGCAGCCGGAUCCCGCAAGCCAGCGACAUGUCAGCUUUGCUUUCCGAUCUUGUAAGCCGUUCCGUCUCAUCAACAGAGCCAGCUACCCAUCAGGCCUAUCUACGUCACGUGGCAUUGCUCGUGAACAAGUUCUUGUCCAAGCAAGACCUGCCAAUCGCCGAGAAACUCUUCGACUCUCUUGUACAGAGUUCAGGCGAAAAGCUCAGCCCUGCAACUAUUCGCACCGUUUUCUGGCUAUCAAAAGCCCUAGUCCUCCGCCUUGCACCCACAACAACUCACGUUCUGACCUCUCUGCUUGCUCUUAUCUCUUCCCCAGACCAGCAGACCAGCACGACCGCAGCACAGGGCUUUGCCAUUCUUCUAGGCGAAGACGACAUUAUUUCCCCGACCAAUGGCGCCACAAUUCGUCUGCUCUGCAGACAGCGCCUCUUCACAACCGUCAUUCCCCUGAUCUCAUCUCGCAUUCGUGAAGUUAACAUCGCUGGCACGGAUGAUUCUGCUGCUGCCACAAAGGCACCAAACCACAUCAAGCCAGCCCACCUCACUGCCCUUGCUGGCAUCCUCUCCACAAUCCCCACGGCCUUGGUCAUGCCAGAACUCCCCACAUUGCUCCCCCUGCUCCUGCAGUCUCUCGACCUCCAGACCGCCGACUCCAUCGCAGUCCGUACAGCAACACUUGAUACCCUUGCUGUCAUUAUUCGUGACAACGGUGUUGUAGUUAUUGAUCAGUGCGGCCAUGUCUCAAGCCUUGUGACGAGACUACUCAAAACAACCGUUAAGAACGUCGGCCCUGGCACUGUGAACAGUCCCCGCCUCCGUGCGGAUGCAUUGAGAUGUCUUAACCUUCUUGCUACGCACCAAACCUCCGCUGGUGCUGAUGCUUCCACCCGUGCCCCGCCGUCUAUCUCACCGCUCUUGCCUGUCAAGAACCAAGUGCUCAGAUCCCUGCGUGCAGCUCUGGAUGACCCCAAGCGUGAUGUGCGCAAAGCAGCAGUCGACGCUAGAGGUGCCUGGCUACGUGGUGUCGAUGAUGCACCCGAGGAGGACGAUUGA